AUGACGUCCACAGACAGGGGGCCAGAAAAGGGUUGGGCACUCUUACAGCUGUUGCUGGUGGCAUCUUUCUCUCAGGCUGAGGAGCUGGUGUGCAGGCAGAGAGGGGAUCCUGAGAACCCCCAGUUAUUUAAGAAUGGGGACAUUAUGUUGGGGGGAAUCUUCUCUUUCCACAGCAGCUGGAUGAACAGACAAGACUCCUACACACUAAAACCACUGCCAUUGGAAUGCACCAGUUUAAAUUUCAGAGGUUUCCAGUAUUCCCAGGCUAUGCUCUUUGCCAUAGAGGAGAUCAAUAACAGCACAGACCUACUGCCUGGUAUCUCUCUGGGCUAUAAGAUCUAUGAUGUCUGUGGCUCCAUUGCCAGAGGUGUGGGGGUUACACUGGCGUUGGCUAAUGGUAAUGAGGUGUUAUCUGCAUCCACCGAGGCACGGUGUACCAGAUCUGCACAAAAUGGCAUGGCCACUUUCACAGAAACCGCCCAACAUCUGGGAAUCUGUCUAGAGUACUCUGUAGCUUUCUUUAGAACCGAUCCACCAGACAAAAUACAAAAGAUAAUUUACAUGAUCAAGACGUCCACUUCCAAAGUUAUUGUUGCUUUCCUCUCCCACAUGGAUAUGGAUGUGCUAAUUCAUGAGUUGUCCAACCACAAUCUGACUGGGUACCAGUGGGUAGGCAGUGAGAGCUGGAUAUUUGAUUCCCAAAUUGCAGCCAUGGAUAGGCAUCACAAUCUGGAUGGUGCCAUAGGUCUGUCCAUCCCCAAAGCACAAGUCAGAGGAAUGAGAGAGUUUAUGUUGGAUGUGAAGCCGCUCAAUUCAUCUAGUAAUGAAAUGUUUCCAGAGUUUUGGGAGACAUUAUUUAACUGUAAGUUCAAACAGUCAAAAUCUUCAUCAGGGAAUCAGAGAGAAUGUACUGGCAAUGAAGAUCUGACUGGAGAGCAAAACAGCUUCACUGAUAUGUCGCUUAUGCCUAUCUUUAACAAUGUCUAUAAAGGAGUGUAUGCUGUGGCCCAAGCAAUUCAUAAUAUCCUCAGCUGUCACAAAACCUGUAACAACAAGGCGCAGCUAGAUCCAUUUACGAUUUUACAGCACAUAAAAAAGAUUAAGUUCACAACAAAGGAAGAAGAAGAUGUUUACUUUAAUGAGAAUGGAGACCCUGCAGCAAAGUAUGAAAUUAUAAACUGGCAGCCAACAGGACAUGGCAUUGUGGACUUUGUCACAGUUGGUCUUUAUGAUGCAUCUCUACCUGCAGAUAAACAGAUGAAUCUGCUAAAUAAGUCUUUAAUUUGGGCAAAGAACUCACAACAGGUGCCUUUGUCAGUUUGCAGUGAGAAAUGUCCUCCAGGAACUCGCAAGGUUCUCCAGAAAGGAAAGCCUGUUUGCUGCUAUGACUGUUUAAGAUGUGCAGAGGGAGAAAUUAGCAACAAUACAGAUUCCAUCACCUGUGUGCAAUGCCAACCUGAGUUCUGGUCGAAUGAGAGAAGAGAUGCUUGUGUGAAGAAGGAGGCAGAGUUUCUAUCAUAUGAAGAGAUUAUGGGAGCGCUGCUCACUGCAGCAUCCUUAUUUGGAACAUGCAUCACUGCUGUUGUGGCAUUCAUUUUCUUCAGAUACAGGAAAACUCCUAUUGUCAGGGCCAACAACUCUGAGCUGAGCUUCCUGCUGCUCUUCUCCUUGACUCUGUGUUUCCUGUGUUCUCUGACCUUCAUAGGCCGGCCCUCUGAGUGGUCCUGCAUGCUGCGACACACAGCAUUUGGCAUCACCUUUGUUCUCUGUAUCUCUUGUGUUUUGGGGAAAACUAUAGUGGUGUUAAUGGCCUUUAGGGCCACACUUCCCGGUAGUAAUGUUAUGAAAUGGUUUGGGCCAGCGCAGCAGAAACUCACUGUUGUGGGUUUCACUCUAAUACAAGUUAUCAUAUGUAUCCUCUGGUUAACAAUUUCUCCUCCAUUUCCAUUUAAGAAUUUUGAUGAAUUUAAGCACAAAAUCAUCUUACAGUGUGCUCUGGGCUCAGCUGUAGGUUUUUGGGCUGUACUUGGGUACAUAGGACUUCUGGCCAUGUUAUGUUUCAUUCUUGCCUUUCUGGCCCGGAAACUGCCUGAUAAUUUCAAUGAAGCCAAAUUCAUCACCUUCAGCAUGCUGAUAUUCUGCGCUGUAUGGAUCACUUUUAUCCCAGCGUAUGUCAGCUCUCCUGGGAAGUUCAGCGUUGCUGUGGAGAUAUUUGCUAUUCUGGCCUCCAGUUUUGGACUGCUCUUUUGUAUUUUUAUUCCAAAAUGUUAUAUUAUCUUACUGAAACCUGAGAAGAAUACCAAAAAGAAUAUGAUGGGGAAGGAGACACCAAAGUCAUUUUGAAAACUAAAAAUAAUAUAACAGGAGAUAUCUUCAUAAUGUUUAAUUACAAUGUGUCAAGUAGACCUUCAUGUAGACAUCUAUCCUUAUUUUGCUUGUAUUGUACAUCUGUAAUAUUCCUCCACUGUAUAAU